GUGGCAUUGGCGUCCUCCAUCGCAUCCUUUGCUAGGUGUUUGAAAGUUCUGGAGCUGGCAGUUGGGCCGUCGCGUCGGCCAUUUUGAUAUUCGACACCGACCAUGCAGCGGAGCAACUCGUUGACGGACGCGACACCGCCAUCCAGAGCCAGCCCGUGGCGAAGGUACAGCACGCCAUUGCCGGAACCAGUGGGGAAUGAUGGGAUCGACCCGGAUGCUCUCCAAGGGCGAUGCCGAAGCCUCACGCAAGAACGAGACUUGCUCCGCGAACGGCUCUUGGAAAAAGCCAUGCGAGAGGCCGAGCACGAAAUGAUGAUCCAGGGACUGCAAGACCAACUUGCGAAACUCACCGUGCUGUCUGUGAAGCGCCAGAGUCGAUACGAAGAGCUUCUGCAAGCGUACCAGGAGUUCAAGAAAGCCGCCAUGUCAGAAAUUCAUGACGACGUGUGACGGCGGACCCAAUCAUCCCGCGGAGCUCCUUCACCACGAUGAUUCACAGCGAUCCGCAUCUUGCUUCAUGUAGUCUUAAGUGUCGUUGAACUAUGUCUAGUCCAUCCAGUCGCGUUCUGUCCGUUGUGUCAUUCCAACACCGCGGCC